AUGACUUUAUUAAAUGAAGAAGAUGGUUGGAAGUUAUUUGCAGAAUAUGCAUUCAGAAAUAAGGAUGAUAGCAUGUGGACAAAUCUUGAGUCAAUAGGUAAAAAAAUUGUUGAAAAGUGCAAAGGAUUGCCUUUAGCUAUAAAAACAUUGGGUGGCCUCUUGCAUACAAAAUCAUCAGAGAAACAAUGGAAUGACAUUCUUAAUAGUGAAAUAUGGCAAUUGCUAGAUGAUGAGAGUGAUGUAAUACCAGCUUUGAGAUUAAGCUAUCAUUACCUUCCUUCUAAUUUGAAGCAGUGUUUUGCAUUUUGUUCUAUAUUUCCUAAAGACCACAAAAUUGAGAAGGAUUCUCUAAUCCAAAUGUGGAUGGCAGAAGAUUUGUUGCAUUGCAAUCAAGGAAAUAAAAAUGUGGAAGAAAUGGGAAGUCAAAUCCUGGUUGAACUAGAAUUGAGGUCGUUUCUCCAAAAGUCAAAAAUUCAUAAUAGGUAUGUCAUGCAUGAUCUCAUCAAUGAUCUUGCAAAAUCAAUAUCUGAAGAAUUUUGUUUAAGGAUUGAGGAUGGUAAAGUGAAAAAUAUUCAUAAAAGGAUUCGCUACCUCUCAUACUCAGCUUUACUUGAUAGCAAUGAAAUGUUGCUGGAGCCUUUUUAUGAGUGUAAGCAAUUACGAUGUUUUGUGUCUUUUAAACGAGCAGCAUUCUCCUUUAAAGAGGGAAUGGAUGAGGGUGAAAUAUUAUCAAAAUUUAAGUACUUGAGAAUUUUGAGCUUGAAAAGUUUUGAAAAUAUUACUAAAUCAGGUGUUGGUAUGAACAAUUCAAAGCACCUCCGUUAUUUAGACCUUUCUGACACCAGAAUUGAAAAAUUACCAUGUUCAAUUUGCAAACUGUAUAAUUUGCAAACUUUGAAAUUGUGUGGCUGCACUCAAGUUGUUGAGUUACCUCCAGAUUUGCACAAAUUGGUGGACCUGCAUUAUCUUGACCUUUCUAAAACUAAGAUCAGCAAGUUACCUGAUUCGCUUUUUAAACUGCAUAAUUUACAAACAUUGAAACUGCAGGCAUGUCAAUAUUUGGUUGAAUUGCCACCUGGUUUACAGAAUCUCAUUAAUCUCCAUCAUCUUGAUAUAAGUUGGACUAGCAUAAGGGAGAUGCCAAACAACAUGGGAAGGUUAAAACAUCUUCAAAUAUUGACUAGCUUUUAUGUGGGAAAGCACGGUGGGUCUAAUUUGAAGGAGUUAGGGAAACUCAAUUAUCUUCAAGGCAGUCUUGAGAUCUCUAAAUUGGAAAAUAUUAAUGACAUUAUAGAUGCUAGGGAAGCCCAUAUCAAUGAUAAGAAGUACUUAUAUAAAUUGGAUCUGCAAUGGAGUGGAAACAAUGAGGAUUCACAGAGAGAAAGGUUCACCUUGGAAGGUCUUCAACCUCAUGUCAACUUGAAAGAGCUUGCUAUUAGAAACUUUGGUGGUACAAGAUUUGCAGACUGGUUUGAUGCUCCUUAUUUGCCCAAUUUAGUAUCUCUUGUGUUGCGAGCAUGUAAAUAUUGUUUUUGUUUACCACCACUUGGGCAACUACCUUCUCUCAAGUCAGUUCAUAUUUCUAAAUUAGAGGGAUUGAAGAAGAUUGGGCUAGAGUUCUAUGGGAAUAAUAAUUUGUCAUGUGUUCCUUUCCCAUCCCUUGAAUAUUUGUUUAUUGCUGGAAUGUUAGAAUUGAAAGAAUGGAUUCAUUUUGAUGGUGCAUGUUUCCCCUGCCUCAAAGAGAUUGUUAUAAGAUAUUGUCCCUGGUUAAGAAAGUCACUUCCUCCCCACAUGCCAUGUUUAGAAAAGCUAGAGAUUGAACAAUGUGGAAAUUUGGAACUUGAAUCAUUCCCUACCAAGGCAUUCUCUACUCCUAAACUUGAAUCUAUCCAUCUUGCUGGGUUGACCCAUUUGAAGUCACUACAUGAAGACAUGCAUACACUCCUUCCCUGUGUUCAUUCUCUAUCACUAUUUCACUGCCCACAGCUGCUGUCAGUUCCUCAGAAAGGGUUGCCUUUGAGCCUUGUCCAAGUUUCAAUCCAUGAUUGUCCUAAACUUUUUGCUUCUCGUAUGAGCUGGGGCUUGCAUAGACUUCAUUCUCUGCAUGAGUUCUCUAUUGGUGAAAAUUUUGAAACUGUGGAGUCUUUCCCAGAAGAGGGCUUGCUGCCAUCCAAUCUCAAAGUUAUUCGAUUUGAAGGAUUUUCAAAUUUGAUCAGAAUAAAUAGCAGUGGCCUUCUUCCCCUCACAUCUCUUCAAGGAUUAAGAAUCUAUAACUGCCCAAAUCUCCUAUGCUUGCCAGAGGAAGGUUUAUCAAGGUCCAUUUCCUAUUUAGUUAUUGAUGGGAAUUGUCCAUUUUUGACACAACGGUACCAAAAGAAUGGACAAGAGUGGCACAAAAUUUCUCACAUUCCUUGGGUAUGCAUUAGCUAAUACUCCGCUCCAAGAGUUUUGUUAGCUUCUAAAGCCUAUAUAGGAAGUUUAUGACCCCAUUCUUGUUCAUUCAUUCUAUCUGAGAUCAAUUUAUUUCUGUUGGAUGGAGUCAUUUUCUUCAAUGCCUUUUCACUGGCAUCUAUAAAUGUGUAAAGUGAUGAAUCAAUUGACCUUGAAGUGUUCCUGUUCAAAAUCUGGUUGGUCGUAUUGCACUUUGGCAUUCAUUCUAUUUGAGGUCUGUUUAUUUGCAUUGUGAAGGAAGGUGAUAUUAUAUGGCACAAACCAAGGAUUUUGUGAAAUCAAUCAAAUGAUUGAUCAAUUGUCUUCAAAAGUUUCUCUUCUUUUACCCCAGACUGUCGUUUUAAUUUAAUAUUUAUAGUUGACAUUAAGCCUCUGAAUCUUACUAUGUCCUUCAUCUGCUUCUAUUAUAUCAUCCGUUACCAUUUACUUUUCUGUUGUUGAAUUGGUAUCUGAAAUGAAACCACAAAGCUUGUCAAUUGAUGUUGGAAUGAGUGAAAAAUUGGCUAAAACUGAUUGCACUCAAUAGUGAAAUUUGUGAAUUAGUUGUUCAUGGUCAAAGGUCCGAUAGUGCUGUAUCUCCUUCUGCAGCUUGGUUUCUUCAACGCUUAUGAAUGUCCUAACCUCAGAACAUUAUAGAGAGGAACAGAUAACCAAUAUAUAUGCCUGUGAAGUUGUUCCUAAAAACAUUGUACAAAAGCAUGAAACUAAACUGAUUACAUUGUUCUGUAUUGUCAGCAAAAGUCUCAGUUCAAUGGUGAAAAUCCUAUCUUUGGUUCCCUACAUAGUUUUCAAAUCUAAUACUCUCCACCACCAUCCCUAGCUUGAUUCUUGAGCUUGGAUGGUUCUUAUCUUGACGUCUUCAAUUUGGAGCAUAGAAGAGCUGGUUGAUAUGCCAGAAUAAGUGAAAUAGUACCAAUGUUUCAACAACUAUUUGAUACUUUGUUGAAUUUACAGGCAAGCUAGAAAUCUUGUUUAAGGUAUUACGAUUAGGAAAUGGUUCUAGUGCAUUUCUCUAGAGAAGUGCACCAAAUUCAAAUCCGUUACAAGUAGACUUUGUAGCAAAAAAAAUCCAAUAUUAUAUAUGCUAUGAAGUUAUUCCCAGUACCAGUAGUAUGAUAGUAUGAGACUAAGCUAAUUACAUUUUUCUUUAUGAAAUUUGACACGUUAUUCCCAAUACUACAACUAGUCAUGCCAAAUUUGAUUCCUGGGCUUUUGGAAUUCUUUUUUUUUUUCAUAAUUCCUCAUGAAAGUCAGAUAUUUUGGUGCAUGACUGUGUUUAAUAAUGUUCAGCACCGUCCAUGGCUUGAUUGCAUGGUUGGAUGAGGACGUUGAUGACCUUUAUCUGUAUUAUGCAGGAAAGCUAGAGAUGCUUGUUAAAGCUAGUAGCAAAAAUCCCUGUACUCAUUUUUUCAUUCAUGCUGCUUGGAAAUGUUGAAGAGCAAUGCUACUAUAUAGGAGACCAUAUUCAUAGCCAAAGCGGAAUUUUGUUCCAUCUGCAAUGGCCAGCAAAUUGUGUUGCUGGCUUUCCUGUCCGUGCUACUUGUACUGAUGCUGAGAAAUUGGACAUUAUGAUGUUAGAGAACAAGCCUUGGAUUAAGAGGCGCACAUGAAAAACUCUUGUAAUGAGAACUUAAUAAAUUAUUAGUUGUUGUAAGAACUCUGACUUCUAUAAAAGUAUUGAAAUUGAUUCUGCUGCUUUAA